AUGCCCUCCCCACUAGGUCGCCCUGUCCGUGUCGGAGUCUUUGAGCACGACCCCGAUGCGUUCAAGUGCUUCCGAAAUCUUCCCCAUAAAACAUGUACCCGCCCCGGCGGUGAGAUGGAGAUUGUGGAAAUGGUGAUGAAGUUGCUGAACUGGGAUUGGGAGGUGGUGGACACCGACAAGUCCUUUAACGUCGUCAACGAUUUUGGCAAUCUCAUGGAUGACGGCAACUUCUCUGGAAUUAUGGGUCUACUCGCCGAGGACAAGAUUGACAUGAGCGGCCUGUCAAUUAGAAUCACGCCGGAACGGAUGAAAGAAGUUUAUGCGAUGGUGGUGCGUCAGAAAACUCCAUUGAUCAUUGAAUUGUAUUCAGGCGUUAUCCUCGACGGUACGAUGAUACUGCUCACCAUGGUAAUGUACAUUUAUUAUCAAUCGUCGAUGAAUUCGAAGCUGACGGCUCCCAGUGUCGCAGCAGUGCCUUUUCGGCAUCAGGAUCAGUUGCUAGACCUCCUCGAGCACCACAAAAAGUAUCUAACCUACUAUAUGGAUGUCCCGCUGGAGGGCUCAAAUCGAAAGAACGUCCGGAGGUUGAAGAAAAUACAGAAUACCAGUCGCAUCGUGACGCACAUGGACGAAAAGGGGCUGAUUAUGGAGAUGAAGUUGGCU